GGUUAAUUCUCUCUCUAUUUUUCUCUCUUGCAGAUUUCAAAAAGUUUGUGAGUUGAGUUUGUGACAAUGUUGUUAUAAACUUUGCAGUACUUUCCUCUCCUCUUCAGGCUGAAUGCUCCUUUGGUGGGAUGGGAUGUUAAUUCACCUUCCGUCCCUUCACUGACAUCCUGUCCUGGUUAGGAAGAAGAGGAGGAUGAGGAAGAUGGAACAUCUCCUCCACCCUCCUCUUCCUGUCUGCAGCCUUCACACAGGACCAACACACGACACACUCAGCCUUCACACAAGAUGUUGAAUUACUUUAAAACACUUGUUUCAUGAGUUUAAUUACAGUUUGUACAUCAGUUUGUAUUCAUGAUGUCAUUCAUUACAUCAUAUUUAUGAUGGUUGUUUUCUGAUGCAGAGUUGAAAUUAAUUUAAAUUCAUCUAAAUGUCUAAAUCAAUGAAAUGGUCAACAACAAUAGAAGUUGUGGUCUGUUGUCUGUGAUGGGGUCCCAUGGUGGAGUCUGUUCUCCAAACUGCAUUCAGUCAACAAAGAAGAACCCUCCCUGGCUCUGGUGCUCUCAUUGGUUUCAGGUCAUGAUAUUUGGAUCUGGACUCAGUUCCAGGUAUUUAACCUGUAAGAUCUCUGCUGGCUGUCAGUAUCGCUGGAUCUCUCAGACAACUUUAAAGUGCAGGUUUGAUCUGACUGUGAUCAUGAGUGAAAACACCUGAUCUGGUCCUUCAGAGUCCUUUGUAGUCCUUUAUAGUCAGACUGUCUUUGGACAAACAAACCAGGUGCUCUGCAUACACCUGCAUGACUCAGCAAAAAAACAUGAACAGCAUCAGGUCACUUUUAACAUUUUUCCAUGGUUUAUUUGAUUCACUUAGUUUGUUGUUCAUUUCAGAUAAUGCCUCAUUUACAUAUUUAACAUUUAAAAUCAGUGUCAUGUUCUUUUGUUUCCAAAUACAAUAUCCAACUUUCUUCACAGUGAUCAGAGGUCAGGGUUGGGGUCUGGCGUAUGUUCAAGGUCCUGGUCCCUGAUUGGCUGAGAGGAAGACACAGUUUCCCGAAUAUAAACUCAAGGAAGAGGAAGAAGAGGAAGAGCUUUAUGACUCUGACGCUGUAUCUGUUUCACUGCAGCUCGGACUCUAAGCUGUUUGGUUCCGCAGGAAUGAAGCACCUCCUGGUUCUGGUUCUGGGUCUUCCCUAUGUGGUAGGAAUCGGGGGAGGGAGUGUGAGCGGUGACUGUCCAGCGGAGUGCAGGUGUGAAAGUGUUGGAACGCUGCAGCGAGUCAACUGUGUGAACGCUGGUCUAAGAUCACUUCCCCCCAACCUGAGCAGCUUCACCUUGUCCCUACAUCUGGAUGCAAACUUCCUGUCCUGCCUACCAGCCUCCUCAUUUAAAGGCCUGUCGUCUCUGCGUUACCUGUGGUUGGAUGAUAACAUCCUGAUGGAGAUUCCUGUUCUUCCUUUGAGUCACCUGAUGGCACUGCAGGCUCUGACACUGGCCCUCAACAACAUCAGCUACAUCCCUGACCGAGCGUUUGCUGCCCUUCACCAGCUGAUGGUGCUACAUCUCCAUAACAACCUUAUCACCUCUGUGGGCCGGAGGAGCUUUGAUGGACUGUACAACCUGGUGACUCUAGAUCUGAGCUUCAACAGGAUCAACAGUUUUCCUUCAGCCAUCAAACACCUGAAGAACCUGAGACACCUGAACCUUCAGAAUAAUGAAAUCUCCGUCAUCCCAGAAAACUCCUUCAUCAGAAAUCCUUCAAUCCAGACUAUCAACAUCCAGAACAAUCCUAUCCACACUGUGUCGACACUGGUGCCAAAGAUCCAGAGACUUGCUCUGUCCUCUGUCCGGCUGUCCUCGUCCUGCCUCCUGAAACUGAAACAUCUGAAAUAUCUAAACCUGCAGCUCAGAGUCUCCACCCACCUCCAACACAAAGUUUAUGGCUAUAAGACGUCUGUCAGCUCCUUCAGCAGCAAUGCUCCCUCUGGUGGUCUGGACUUGUCUCUGUUUUACUUCAGUGUUUCUUUCAUUUUCAUCAUCUGUUAUCUUCAGCCUCCUCCUUCUCACCCCAGCCAGCUUGUGUUCUUCCUGUUUCCCUUUCAACACUUCCUAUUUCCAGCUUAUGAUUGUCACCCAUGUGACCCAUCACCGCUGUCAGGAAGUACCAAUGUCAAAUCAGAUGGCUUCAUGAGUCAGGGUUGGACCACCUGAACCCUGAAUCCCCAUGUUGUCAACAUCGGAGCCCCCUCACCUGGCUGAAGAGGUACUGCCAGCCCGGAUCAGAGGAGGGACCACAAGUCUCAACCACUCAGGACCAACAUCUUUAGCACAGGCUGAGACCACCACAGGAUCCUUCAGACCCAGACCCGGUCCACGUUGACCCACCUUUAAGAUAUUUGCAUGUUUUCUGACCGCUUUGAGACACUGUCGAUUUCUGA